CAGAUCGCUCGGCGCGAGAUUAUGAAGGAAAUGCUACUUCUUACACCUCCGAUCUGACCCUUCGCUCUCUUUGCACUGUUGGACCACCCUCUUUGAGCAGCCGUUCAGGGCUAGGACAUUCAUUUGCGACUCUCUCCACUCUGCUGUAUCUUGUUUCUGUCCAUUGAGGUUAAUCCUCCUCUGUCGCCGACGAUUCUGCGCUCUCCGCCGUUGACCGGGGCUUUCAUUCAGUGAAUCAUGUCUACCACCACAGGAGCAUUUAUUGCGGGCGGAAUUGCAGCAUGCGGAGCGGUCACAGUCACCCACAGUUUUGAAACGGUGAAGAUUCGUCUGCAACUACAAGGUGAAUUGCAAGCAAAGGCCGAUGCGGCCAAGAAGUACAAGGGUGUGACGCAUGCCGUCAAGGUUAUCCUACAAAACGAGGGCCCUAAAGGGUUGUUCCGAGGCAUUGGUGUUGCUUAUAUAUAUCAAAUCCUGCUCAAUGGCUGCCGUCUAGGGUUCUAUGAGCCCGUGCGUACGACGCUCACUUCGGCUAUCUACAAAGACCCGCAAGUUCAAUCCCUGGGUAUCAACGUUCUCGCCGGCGCUUCGUCGGGUAUCAUUGGUGCUGCCGCCGGCUCUCCAUUCUUCCUGGUCAAGACUCGUCUCCAGUCCUACUCUCCGUUCCUCCCCGUCGGCACGCAGCACAACUACCGCAACUCGUUCGACGGUCUGCGCAAGAUCUACACAACCGAGGGUGUGAAUGGGCUGUACCGAGGCGUGGGCGCAGCGAUGGUGCGGACCGGAUUUGGUAGCUCUGUGCAGUUGCCGACCUACUUCUUUGCCAAGCGACGUCUCACGAAGCAUUUGGGCAUGGAAGAAGGCCCGGCUCUUCACCUAGCCAGCAGCACGGCCUCUGGAUUUGUCGUCUGCUGUGUCAUGCAUCCCCCAGAUACCAUCAUGUCCCGAAUGUAUAACCAGACCGGUAACCUGUACAAGGGCGUAUUCGAUUGCUUGUAUAAGACUAUCCGUACAGAGGGUCUGCUUGCCAUCUACAAGGGCUAUUUCGCUCACUUGGCCCGUAUCCUACCCCACACUAUCUUGACCCUCUCCUUGGCCGAACAAACCAACCGGUUCAUGCGGAAGGUUGAGGACCGGCUUCUCUCCGACGACCUGAAAUCGCGUAUAUAAUUGAAGAGUACGGGAUUGCCGUGAGCUAGUAUAAGAGGGGGUGAAGUCCUUGAUUUUUGAUUUGGUCUUUGGCUAGUCGAAUACCCGGGCAAUGGUAAAUAAGAGGCGUUUGAACUUGGGUUGUGUCGUCACGUCACUAUAGAGAAUUUUGUACAUAGGAAAGAAUACUACAUCUAGACUGCAUGAUAUGAUCUGCAACCUUGCAUAUAAUUUUGGACC